AUGGGUACCCCAGUGAAGAGUGCUAGUAAAAAGGAUGGCAAAAAGCCCAUUCGAGUCAAAACGUUGUUCACGUCCCCUUUUCCGCAAAAGUGGAGCCCGCUUCCUCAAAAAGACAUGCAUUUCAUCCUAACAACCUUAAAAGAAAAACUAAUUUCCGUAGGGCUUGAGAAGAAGGAGGUAAAGGUGUUCCGACCUUGGAGGAAAAAAAGAAAUCCAGCACCCCCGUCUGCUUCGGUUUCUGACGCCAAUAAGGUGGAAGAUUCGCCCAAAGGAGGAUGGACAGAUGUGGCUGCGAGGCGACAACUCGCACUGGGCAUCAACGAGGUUACCAAAGCGCUUGAGAGGAACCAACUCCAACUAGUGCUGGUGUGUAAGUCAGUCAAGCCCAAGCACAUGACCAACCACCUGAUAGGUCUAAGUGCGAGCAGAGGCGUCCCUGCCUGCCAGGUUCCCCGGCUGAGCGAGAGCGUGGCUGAGCCGCUGGGCCUAAAGAGCGUCCUGGCUCUGGGUUUCAGGCGUGGCGGUCUCCAAGCCAAAGACGAGGUGUUCACUGACGUUGUGGAAGCCAUCAUACCAAAGGUACCCUCACUUGACGUCGCUUGGCUGCAAGAUGUGGCACCCAGUGUCGGAUUGCAAGGCAAUAUUACUGCAAAAGAGGAGGAGGUGGAAAAGAGGACAGGCCUAAAAAGGAAAAUGGAGCCUGAGGUUGAACUCCAAGAGUCUUCUUCAAUUUCUACGCUGCAGCCCCUCAUUGUGACAAAAAUCGUAUCGAACCCAGCUAAGAAAAAAAGAAAGCGGAAGCAGAAGCAAGCCAAGUGA